UAAACUCAGAAGGAUUUGGAAAGAGAUUUAAAGAUAACGGAGAGGCGGAGUGACCUGUUACCAGACAAACAUCGUUGCAUGUCACGACUCCUUCGCGAGCAAUAACAACAAAACACAAAAGUAGUUCGAUAAGUCGAGGCAUCCUCUCUUAAUGAAUCGAUUAUUCUCCACUCUCGAUUAUAGUCUUGUAUUGUUGGUAGCUAGUUGCAUGUUGUGUUGUUCGUGAGUUCGUGUAGAAAUGGAGACGAGUUUGGGUAUCGAACUAACCUUUAUCGAUUAUUCUCCUCUUCUAACGAAUUGCUUAAUUUAUCUGACUAUAUCUAUGGACUUUGUUUUGUUAUAAAAUAAACAUAUAACACACGAACAAUGUUUAUUUGAUAAAAGUAUCUCACACUAACAUUGCGUAUUGACUUGGUUUUGUUUUAUAGAAUAAGUACGUGUUCGAUUUUAGUAGCUACCUUAAUUCUUAGUUUUCCAAGUUUCACAAAUUAAUAUAACUAAUGUGGUUAAUGUGGAUUUUGUGGGUAAACCGAUGUGGGUAGUGGUUAACCACUAACCACGAAAUUCAAUAUUUUGUUACCCACACCCAACCCACUAUCCACAAAUUGUGGGUAGGGGUAUCCACAAAGUGUGCGGUUUGGUGCGGUUUGCAAGUUAACCACAACCCGCAAACCAAACUCCGACCCCCUAACCACAGACAAUGCUUUCCUAUACCAUAUUAUUUUUGGACGAAGAUUGUCCGAUAUUAUAAUGCUUAUCUAGUCCAUAUGUUAAAAUUUUCGUCAAAGUCCAUCACCAAUAGUGUCACCUAUACUUAGCAAGCACACAUUUUAUAUCUCUAAUAACUUGCUCACUGUAAAAAUCAGAAUAAAUACGCGAUUUCAAAGUCGAAACGAACAUUAAUCCUCUACAUACCGUACAUAAGCGAGUCAAUCAAAACUUUAUCAAAAUACAUAUUGAUGACUCAAAUGACAUCUAUUUAUCAUGAGAAAAUAAAUUAGAUGUGUGAUUCGAAAAGCUGAAUUGUGAACGAAUUUUCUACAUAAACUAGUAGCAUUAGUCGAUUCUAAAACUCUAAAACUAGCUCGGUAAUAUAAAAUAAAAAUCAACACAUCAUUGGUUCCAUAAAAUAAAAAUCAAUACAUCAUUGCCUCAUUGGUUACUUGGGGGAUUUGUUUAUAGAAAUUGUUUACAUUGGGGACCGAAAGUAGCAUUGAACAAAAAAAGAAGUAAAAAACAUAAAGAAAAGUUGCGGAGCCACCCAAAAUUCCCGCAAAAACAAACAAAUAUAUACAAAACUAAAUUAUAAUUUCUGCUUUUAUUUUAAUUUCCCCCCUCCCUUUCUCUGUUUCUUCUUCCCAAUCUCAUUCUUCUCCUCCUCCUCCUGCUUAGCUCUCCUGAAUUUUCACCAGUCAGUAUUUCGCUGCUGUUGCUGAACAGAAAUUUGCCCUUUCUUCCUUCCUUUCCCUUCCUCCUUUAACCGCCGCAGAAUCAUUUUUCUGAAUCCAAGCCUGAAGAACUCCCCAUCUUCCAUUGAUUGAUUUGAUUAAGUAAAGCAAACCCUUUUCCUCCUCUGGGGUUUGAUUCUUUGAUUCCCCAUCAAAGAAUCUAACUGAUUUAGGCAAGAAAGGAGUUUUCUUUCUUUCUUUCUUUCCUAAGCUUGAAUCUAAUCCGUCCAUGGCGUCGCCGGAGGAGACUGGCGGCGGGAGCGGGAGUUGGAGCAGCAACAACAACAACAUCGAUUUGGAAGAAGCCCAGAAGAUAAUUCUCCGAUGGGACUCCUCGGCUUCGGAAGAAGCUCGAGAAAAGAUGAUCUUCGACGGCGACCGUCACGAGGCGGAUCGCUACUUGCUGGCGGUCGAUGAAAUCCAGCGCUCCAUGUCCUCCGCUUCCAUCUCCGCCACCGCCGCAGCCGCAGACGCCGACGGCGGCAACGGAGAAGACAGCAGCAAAGACCAGGCUCAAGAUAAAGUCAACUCUGCCAUCCAGAUCGCCAUGGCUCGACUCGAGGACGAGUUCCGCAACAUCCUCCUCAGCCACACCGCCCCAAUCGAAGAGGACGCUCUCACCGAUAACCCUGCCGCCGCCGCCGCCGAGUCCUCCUCCUCCACCUCCGCCGCAGAAUCCUCCACCGCGGCUGCCGAAUCGGGGGAAGAAGAUCGCCUAUCCAGCAGCGGUGGCAGCGGUUCGCAAGUCCUCGAGGAGACCAAUCUCAACCUCUCAGAUCCAAUCCCCCGCACCGGCUCCUCCGUCAGCAACAGCUCCGGCAGCUACCGAUCGACGAGCAGCAUCAAGGAGCUCGAUCUGAUUCCAGAGCUAGCGGUUUACGACCUUCGUUCCAUCGCCGAACGGAUGAUCUCCGCCGGAUACCUCCGCGAGUGUAUCCAGGUCUACGGCAGCGUCCGCAAAUCCGCCGUCGAUUCCAGCUUCCGCCGCCUAGGGAUCGAGAAGCUCAGCAUCGGGGACAUCCAGCGCCUCGAGUGGGACGCCCUCGAGAGCAAGAUCAGGCGGUGGAUUCGCGCCGCCAAGGUCUGUGUCAGAAUCCUAUUCGCCAGUGAGAAGAAGCUCUGCGAGCAGAUUUUCGACGGAAUCGAGACGGCCGCCGUCGACGAAGCGUGCUUCGUCGAAACGGUAAAAGGCCCUGCAGUCCAACUCUUCAAUUUCGCCGAAGCAGUCAGCAUCAGCCGCCGCUCGCCGGAGAAAAUGUUCAAAAUCCUCGACCUUCACGAUGCUCUAGUCGACCUAAUGCCAGACAUCGAAUCGGUUUUCGACGCAAAAUCGGCCGAUUCUAUUCGAGUUCAAGCGGCCGAGAUCCUCUCCCGACUCGCCGAGGCAGCUAGAGGGAUACUCUCCGAGUUCGAGAACGCAGUCCUCAGAGAGCCUUCCAAAAUUCCGGUCCCCGGAGGGACAAUUCAUCCAUUGACGAGGUACGUGAUGAACUACAUUAGCUUGAUCUCCGAUUACAAGCAGACAUUGAUCGAGCUCAUAAUGUCGAAACCCUCCACGGGUUCGAGAUACUCCGGGGAUCCCACGACCCCUGACAUGGAAUUCGCCGAGCUAGAAUCAAAACCACCACUUGCGCUGCACUUGAUAUGGAUCAUUGUCAUUCUCCAAUUCAACCUUGAUGGGAAAUCCAAGCUUUACAAAGAUGUAUCAUUAGCGCAUCUCUUCAUGAUGAACAAUGUGCACUACAUUGUUCAGAAGGUGAAAGGGUCGAUGGAGUUGAGAGAAAUGAUUGGAGAUGAUUACCUCAGGAAGCUAACGGGGAAGUUUAGGCAGUCUGCGACGAAUUACCAGAGGGCGACUUGGGUUGGGGUCUUGUACUGCUUGAGAGAUGAAGGUUUGCAUGUGAGUGGGAGCUUUUCGUCUGGUGUUUCAAAGAGUGCAUUGAGGGAGAGGUUCAAGAGCUUCAAUGGCAUGUUUGAGGAGGUUCAUAGGACUCAGGCGACUUGGUUGAUACCCGAUACUCAGCUUCGAGAGGAGCUGAGGAUUUCGAUAUCUGAACAUUUGAUUCCAGCUUAUCGAUCGUUUUUGGGGAGGUUCAGGAGUCACAUUGAGAGUGGGAGGCAUCCAGAGAACUAUAUCAAGUACUCGGUCGAGGAUUUGGAAAGUGCGGUGCUGGAUUUCUUCGAGGGCUGCCCUGUUUCGCAGCACUCGAGGAAGAGGUCUCAGUGAAGAAAGACAGAAGAGUUUUUGGACCAGAACUAGAGAAGAAACAAAGCUUUAGGACACCAUUCUUUGAAUUUUUUUUCUGUGGGGGAGUGUUCAGGGUUGAGAGGAUCGGUUUGCUGCUGCUGCAAUGUGCUAUGAUGGGAAAGAGGAUCGAAUGUCUGAUGUUCGACGGUGGAACGAUGUGGAAGAAGGGGAUUGAUUCGAGCUCGGUUCUCUCAACCUGAAUGCUUCUGCACUGUAAGCAAAAUGCAUUGUUGGUUUUUUUUUUUAACUUUUGUCAUAUGAUCACAAGUCUAGAUUUGUUCACUUCGGUUGUCAUUUGUUCAUAUGGGGGGGAAUUGUUGUAAACGUGUGAUUUGCUGCUACUACUACUAGCUAUUCCAUCUUUCAUGAUAUGAUGAAGAACCCAGUUUCCAUUCUUCUGCAGAUGAGUUCUUACUACUGGUUUGGAUGAUGUUGAACUUGAAAUGAACAUGCCUGCAUUUUUAGUAGGGUAAAUGUGAUAGAUAUGGGUUGUUUUUUUUGGUAUCCUUUGUCUAGUUGUAGAAGUUGAUAAGAACAUUGCUGAAAUCUGCCAAGCGUGCGUCAUGGAAUCAUUUGAAGAUGAUAACUGGGGUCUCCAUUCCAGGAAAAGAAAGAAACUUUUUUCCAAAUUGAACUCCUAAACUUUUGAUUUUAGAUGGAGUGUGAGCUCACCACUUUGACUUGUUCUACUAUGGGGCAUGGGUUGUCCAUCUCACCUUUUAGUUUUUACUUACAUGUGUGGUCUUGUGGAGCCUGUGAUUCAUGGACUCAGGUGCCUUGAUUGAAAUAUCUUGAACGAUAACGAUUUGUAUCGAGGGUGAAGUCCAACGUCCUAGAGUCUUUGAUUUGAGAUAUCUCGAUUUAGAACUCGCUGUAGGUAGUAGUAAGGGGUGGGCAACGGUUUGAUUGGAAGUGACGAGGAGCUAAAUCGGAGCUCGCUCUAAGAUGUGUAUGGUGUAUUCGAUAUGACCUAGUCUUGUUUUAGACUCAAAGGGUAUGGUAAGAAUCGAUUUGAUUUGGUGUCGAUAUGAUCGUUGUCCAUCACUAUAUGACGGUAAACCUCUGAGUGCUUGUUUUGCUUGAAAUGAAAGGUUGGGAACUGG